AGUAAGCUUUUGUGGUCUCAGUGACUGAGUGCGGUUCAUAGAGAAGAGGGAAGGGCAGGUAAGUAACAGAAGUUGAGCAACGAUGCAGACAAUCGAGGCAAGCGAGGAAGGAAGGGGCUGUAACAAGUCUAGUUGUGACAGGACUUUCAUAAUAAGACUUCAUUUCGCAUGUGCGCAGAGACCCUAUGCACCGUGAUCUCUGCAUACCAUUUCUUUAGCCCUUGCAACAUUACUGCUAAGGAGGUUGUAUUGUCUUCACGACACGUGUAAGGGAACAUCACAGAGAGGUCAAGAGCAACUUGCUUAAUUACAAUUAGAGGCGAGCAAGUCACCUGCCUCAUGCUGACAAGCCACUUAGGCUGUUAAAACAUUAAACUGUUGCUAAAGGAUCCUAUUUGGGCGGAAACAUCCGGUUACACUGAUUGCUUGCAUUUCCCAGUCUCUCUGCCCCGAGUGGCUUGUGCUGACUCAGGUGUACUGAUCUGUGUACCAGGUUGUCUUCUCCAGGCUCUUAUCUGACUCCUUCCCUGGCUGGCUUCAGGCUCUGGGAAACAGGGUAACAGAGAAGAGGGUGUGAGUUCUGCAUUCAAAUCGAACAAUAUUCAAAUUCUGGGUCUGCCAGGCUCUUGCUUUACAAAACUGUUGAACUUGGUUGAACCUUGAUUUAUUGUUCUCUGAAAAGGGAUAAAUCUCAUAUGUGGUUACAGAGAGUACAUUUGACAUAAUGAUAUGGUUGGCUCACAACGGUUAUUUUUCUUACGGCGAAUUUGAAGCUAACUUUACUUGCAUUUUUUUAUGCUUUACUAAGCUAGAAGCAUUUUCCCUUCUCAGAUCUGAUAAACGUGUUGUUUGCUGCCAUCUCAGGGUUAGGCACUAGCUUGGUGUUUUCCACAUGUUUUGUUUCCUUGAAUCUUUGCACCAACCACGUGGGACCGAGAUGAUCAUUUUCCGUUUACAUCUGGAGCACUUGAGGCUCAGACAGUCCAUGGCCUGCCUCCUGUACCCCAGUUCUACAUUAUUUGCAGGGCGUGAAGAGGGCGUGAAGAAGAGGUCGUGAAGUGAAGGUCUGUAGAAGCCCAAGGUAGCAGUAGGGAAGGUCACAUGGUGAGCUCUGUUGCACCAUCCUGGAUGUGGCUCAUUCCAGAAAUGUUUGCACAUCUUCGUGUUUACUUAGUAGUGAUGGCUUCUGGACCUCAUGUGCGUCAAAGAUCUGAGGUGGCGGGACACCUAAAGAAUAGACUGUAGUCACAGCCAGUCCCAGGUGCCUUUUGCUGUCUGCCCAAGUGUGGAGCACUGACUGUAGCGUUUCGGGGAUUCUGAAGUUGUGAAAUUACAUUGCUUUUGCAGGGUGGGCUCCGGGGGGUGCUCCUGGAGGACAGAGCUUCCUGGUAUUCUGACUGCAGACUUGGAUCAGUGUGCAGGUGACACGGCCAGCUUUUGCCUCUUUCAAAAAUGGUUCCAAAAGAAUAGCACUUCAGCACCAGUCACGAAGGCAUAGAUUUCUUAGGCUUAACUCUGUAAAGUUUAUUUUUGUUUUAAAAUUGGAGGGGUUUGGUAUAAUGUAUAAAUUGAUGUUGGAGACAUGGCCAAGCAUUAGGGGUAGUUGUGUGCAACUUUGGGACCUGUGGGGGGGGGGUGUGUGGCAUGUGGGUCUGGUGUCUCUUUUCCUACUACUUCCUGUUUCUCCAUGUGCCCGGCCCGCUUCCAUUUCUGGGCUGUCCGGGUACCAAGGUUGUGACUUGUGGGCACCGAGGAAUUCAGGAGGGCUGCCUUGUGGAGUUUCGGGUGGCGGGGCAGUCAGAGAUGAGGCUGGAGACCAAAGCAGGGGCACCAUUCUGCUGAUCCUGGCAUCUGGUAUUGGAGUUAAGGCAGUGCAGUUAACCCCCCGAAGAUGGCUGAACCUGCAGGAAUACCAGAGCAAGAAACUGAUGUCUGACAAUGGAGUGAAAGUUCAAAGAUUCUUUGUAGCAGACAGUGCCAACGAAGCUCUGGAGGCUGCUAAGAGACUAAAUGCAAAAGAAAUUGUUUUGAAAGCCCAGAUCUUAGCUGGAGGAAGAGGAAAAGGUGUCUUCAGUAGCGGUUUGAAAGGAGGUGUUCAUUUAACAAAAGACCCUCAAGUUGUAGGCCAGCUGGCUAAACAGAUGAUUGGGUAUAAUCUAGCAACAAAACAAACUCCAAAAGAAGGUGUGAAAGUUAACAAGGUGAUGGUUGCUGAAGCCUUGGACAUUUCCAGAGAAACCUACUUGGCCAUUCUGAUGGACCAGUCCUGCAAUGGCCCUGUGCUGGUGGGCAGCCCUCAGGGGGGCGUUGACAUCGAAGAGGUGGCCGCUUCGAAUCCAGAGCUUAUUUUUAAGGAAGAAAUCGACAUUAUUGAAGGGAUAAAGGACAGCCAAGCUCAGAGGAUGGCAGAAAACCUAGGCUUCCUUGGGCCUUUGAAAAACCAGGCUGCAGACCAAAUUAAGAAGCUGUAUAAUCUCUUCCUGAAAAUUGAUGCCACUCAGGUGGAAGUGAAUCCCUUUGGUGAAACCCCAGGAGGACAAGUUGUCUGCUUUGAUGCAAAGAUAAACUUUGAUGACAAUGCAGAAUUUCGACAAAAGGACAUAUUUGCUAUGGAUGACAAAUCAGAGAAUGAGCCCAUUGAAAAUGAAGCUGCCAAAUAUGAUCUAAAAUAUAUAGGAUUGGAUGGGAACAUUGCCUGCUUUGUGAAUGGUGCUGGCCUUGCCAUGGCUACUUGUGACAUCAUCUUCUUGAAUGGUGGGAAGCCAGCCAACUUUUUGGAUCUUGGUGGUGGAGUAAAGGAAGCUCAAGUGUAUCAAGCCUUCAAACUGCUCACAGCCGACCCUAAGGAAGUGGGCUCUCAUGAGACCCUGAAGCUGCCGGCGCCUUCACCUUGGACUUUGGCCUCUAGAAUUGUGAAAAGAAAUGUUUGUUGUCGCAUCAGUCAGUCUAUGGUAAUCUGUUAGACAGCCUGAACAGACCAGUACGCCAUCUCAGAAUGGGUACCCCAUCUCAGAAGCCAGUGAAGUACCCCCUCGCCAUACUUCUACCCUGCUUUCCCCUGAAGGUAACACAGCUAUCCCAACUUCUAAUGUCGUAGAUUUUGUUUUGCCUUAACAUAAAUAGGGUCAUGCGGUGUACAUUCUUUUCUGUUUGCCAUCUUUCGCUUAACUUUUAUUUGUAAGAUUCAUCUACAUUUUAUGUAGCAGUGGUUCGCUCAUUCUUCCUGCCGUAUGCUGUCCUACUGUGUGACUCUGCCAGAAGUUUUCAUCCUUUUCUGUUGAUAGGCAUUUAUGUUAUUCACAGUUUUGACUGCUACGUUGCUGUGAACAUUCUCAUACAUGUCCUCUGGAGCACAUUUCUGUGGGAUAUAUUUUUGGAACUAGGAUUUCUGGGUUAUAACAUAUGCGUGUCUUCAGCUUGAACGGAUACUGCCAAGCAGCUCUCCAGAUGUGCCAGCUUUACACUCUGGGAGCCGUUUAUGGCAGUUCCAGUGUGUCUGCACACCCUUCCCCACCCUUGGUGCAGUCAAGCCUUUGCGACUUUAGUCGUUCCAAUAGAUGUAUGGUAGUUUUCACUGUGGUCUAAUGCCUUUCUCUCAUGGCUAAUGAGGUUGAACACCUUUUCAUAUAAUUAUUACUAUUAGGAUAAUACUCUUUAAACUUCUGUUAACCUUGUCUGUAAAGUAGACAUGAAAAUAAUACCCCAAAGCAUUGGCUUUCAAUAUCAGUGGAGAUAAUAUAUGUGUGAGUACUUGGCAAAUAUUUCUAAAGCACAAGGAAAACUUUCGUUUGUGUGGACUUAAAAAAAUUUUUUUUAAUGUUUAUUUACUUAUGUUUGAGAGAGAGAGAGACUGAGAUACAGCACAAGCGGGCAAGGGGCAGAGAGAGCAGGAGACACAGAAUCUGAAGCAGGCUCCAGGCUCUGAGCUGUCAGCACAGAGCCCAUGUGUUGACUUUUUUUUUUUUUAACGUUCAAUUCCAUUAUCAUUUCUGAGGCUUAGAUUUAUAAUUAUUGAAACAAGAGGAAGUAAAUGCUCAUCUUUGGGAUAGGAGGUAUCUGAAACAGAUCCAUUAACACCAGUGUUACUGUAUGGGUUGUUUUGAAGUUGAUGAAAUGGGUAAACAAUUCAGUAGUUUGCAGUGAUUCUCUGUUCAGACAACCAAGAAAACACAACUUAAUCGAGGGAGGAUUAAAUUCAUAUCUGCAAGAACCACAGAAUAUCAUUUGGUAUAAAUUUGAAAAGAGCCCAGCUAUUUUAGCUCUGUGGUAUGUGAUUCAAAAUUCUUUAGAAUUUGAGGCUAGAGAAGUAAAAAUGCAUGCCAUAUUUUCAGUAUCAAAUGCCUUUUAGCAUGCAAAUGCCUUCACUUGUAAUAAAUAUGUGCUGAUAUUAAUAUGUGCUAAAUGCCUCACGUACAUAUUGUUGAUCAUCAUACAUUUAGAAUAUAUUUAAAAACAAACCACAAUAUCCUCUUCUUCACUUAUUCACAUGUUUAUAUCAGAGGCAUGAAGCAAAACUCAUUUUAUUACAGACCACUUGUAUUUGCUGAAAUACCUUAUCUGCAGGGGAAUAUUUAUUUUCGGUGGGUAAAAGAACUCUUGUAGAGAUUGAUUUUCAAAUGUAAUACCCAAUACUUGACACAACACGAGCAUUAUUUUUGAAAUAACUCCCCCAUCCCUGUUCUUACAGGCCUCUUUGAAAACAAAUCUAAAAGUUGGAAAGAGUAAGUCCAGGCAGCCAUUCUUUAUGGUGAUAGGCUGCCUGGUAGUCUAGUCUGAGAAGGAUAAAAAUGAUUCUGUGCUUAUGAAUUUGUAACCUGUCACCUGGUUUCAGCCCUGUGCAGGGGAAUACCGUGUAUAAGCUGGAGAAUGGAAAGCUCGCUGCCUUGUUCUCAUUUCUCUUUGUUUCCUCCAAGUGCUUUUCCUAUUGUGUUGCAUUUCUUUCUCUGAUGUCCAGUUGAUCCACAUUUCCAAAAAUGUCUUGCUGUCCUUGUCCAACAUGCACUCGUUCCAUUUUAUCAGCCAGUACUACGCAGUAAGAGCUGGGUCCUGGGAAGGCUGUCGGUUCUGUAUCUUACCCAAGACCAGUGUUUCUGAUAGCUACCCCUUUUCCACGCAUCCCUAAUGGAACUCUCUAAAUCUGUUUUCAUGCUGCUUGCUGACAUACUGUCAGAAAUAAAUCAAAAAUAACGUUUUUUACUCUUUGCUCUGCUUCUCAAAAUUCAAAUUUGGAUGUGCUUUGUUUUGUUUCAUGGUAAGUAAUUUGAAGAAUUUUAAGACUUGGGGAUAUUUUAGUAAAUUUUAUCAUUGGUCCCAACAUGCUCAUAAUUGAUUAUGAAUCCUGUAUGGAGAAGCCUUUGUAGAUGUUAAACAGAAAUGAACCACUAAUAAAGGUAUAAUGUCACCUAGAUUGGAAAUAAUAUAUAAUUAUUAGAAGAGUUGGGGAUAUUUUUUCUCUUAAUGUUACUGCACUGUGAAAAGACAUGGUUCAGUUCAACAGUUAAGAAAAUAGUGCAUUUUCUAACAAUGCCAGGAUUAAUGUCAGGUAUCUCUGAGUCUUAAGAAUUUUCCUAUAAUGCGAGACUGAUCAAGCAUCUGAAAGUUUCACUAUUAUUAUUUUUGAGGUAUUGUUUUAGAAUCCAAAUAAUGCCUUGUGGGAGAAUCACUAGAUGUAGGGAGUAACUUGGGAAAAUAAUUCAGGAGAACAAGGUGAAGACCCUUUGAACUGGGAAGGGUUCUGGGUCCUCUCCUUUAUAGGGGUCAGCUGUAGUCUGGUGGGAUGAGCCCAACUGCCUUCAGAAGGUUGAAGACACUGUGAAUUUCCUCUAUACCACCCUUCCACCCACUGCCAGAGAACUAGGAGUUAGGAAUGAUUGUCUUGUUCCUAAAUGAACAACACGUCCAUAUGGGCUUUGCCGAAGAAAUUGGCUUGACUCAGAGUGGCUUGCAAGAUAAAAAGUGUUUUGUCUUUUUUUUAAGGCUGUUUUAUUAAACAGCAUCCCCGUUUUCCUAAUUAUUAAAUUAGAGAAACAUAAAGUAUAGAAAAGUACAAAAAUAGAUCAAAUUACAUUUAUAUGCACUUUUACAUAUACUUAAAAUGAAUACACAGAGUAGUAUUAUUUCUGACAAAACUGGUAUCAGUAUGAUUGACACUCUUCUGUAGUCUGCUUUUUUCCACUUUUUACGUACCUUUUCCCCUGUCAUUGUACAGUCCUCUGCAGCAUCUUCGGGAGCUGAAUAGUAUUCACUUGUAUGAACGUAUAAAUUUACUUAACCAGUCCUCUGUUAUUUGGUAUUCAGGAUGUUUCUCACUUAAAAUAAUGCUGCCGUAACCUCCUUGUACUCUUAACUUUACGUACACUUCAGAUUACUCAUAUAAGAUGAAUUCCUAGGGGCGCCUAGGUGGUUCGGUUGGUUGAGCGUCUGACUCUUGAUUUCAGCUCAGGUUAUGAUCCCAUGAUCAUGAGAUGGAGCCCCAUGUCAGGCUCCUCACCGGGUUUGGAGUCUGCUUAAGAUUCUUUCUCCCUUUCCCUCUGCCCCUCUCCCCUGCUCACAUGUGCAUUCUCUUUCUCCCUCUCUCUCUGUCUCUCUGUCUCAAUCUCUCUCAAACUCUCUCAAAAUAAAUAAAAUAAGAUGAAUUCUUAGAAGUAUGAGGCUAACUAUGUAUGAAGAUUUUAAGGUUUUCAUACUGACUGCCUAUUUGUCACCACAGUAGGUAGAAGGAUGUAGAAGGCUAUUGUCAAUGAGAGGAGUAUGCACUUGGCUGUUUAAAGUGGCCCCGUGUGUAGUGCCACAGUGCUGCCUGGUUUUCCUAAGUCAUGUCUACUAUGAUGGAUCUUACAGAGAAAAUAUAUGUUAGAUAAUCUUUGUUCAAGGGUGAGUAAAAAUUCAAUACGAAUGAAUUAACAGUAUAUAUGAAGGAAGGUAUCCUCAAACAGAAACACAGAAAACAGGUUAUGCAUUGAUGUUUUGAUGAAAACGGUGUGAGGCUUAUGCGAAACUAGCCCUUGGUUUCCUCAGGAGCAGUGGUUCCGUAUUUGCUAACUCAGUGUUCGCUGAAAGUUGAUAGACCGUGACUACUAUGGGUAACGAGAAUUGCCUGAAUAAUGUUUUGGAUAAUUAUGGAUGGCUCUUCAGAGAUUAUGUGAAAGAGCUGCUCCAUUUUAUCUAAGAAAGGACAGUCCGGAACCCCUAGCAUGAAUGUAAAGUCAAAAACUCUUUUCUUUUCCUCAAUUGCUUUUAUAUGCUUCCUAAAGGGAAGGAAUUUGACUAUGAAUAUGAAAACCUUCAAAAUAUGUCAGUAAUGAUAUUUUAGACAUACUACCUUUAUGUUUAAGGAUUAAAUGAAUAAACCUUGAGAAAAUUUUAACUUAAUUUUUCCACUAUCCAGGUAAGAAUGAUUUCCUUACACAUGUAAGUCCCUCACUUUAUGCUUUUUGAAAGGUUUCUUUACAUUUAAAAAUUGAUUAUUUUUUCCACUUUUAGAAAUUUGCAUUUCCUACUAAAAGAGAUUUAAAAAAAAUGGUCUCUAACUUUAUUACCGUAACAUGACCACUAUUACAAUUUUGUUAAAUUUCCUUCCAGCAUUAUCUACACAUAUCUUCUUUAUAAGAUUAUAAUUAGAAUACCCUUCCUAUUGAUGGCCUUUAAAAAAUAUAUCCAGUAUUACAUGAUGUACAUCCUCCAGUGUUGUUAGCUGGUCUCUCUCUCACUGUUAGUUUUACUAGCAUAUUAAUAGUGGGCACUGUGUUAAAGGCCUCUUGUUAUUUAGAAGGUUAUUUAAAGCUCAGCAUUUAAAGUCAUUUUCAGAAAAUGUGUGAACUUUGUAAAUCUGGUUUGCUAAAGUAGCGUACAAUAUAGUUAACAAAUGCAGUAGUAACAAGUGUGAAAAACAUUUUGGUACAAAACAGACUUAUAGAACAAUAAAAAAAAAAAAAGAAAAUCAGCAUUCUCUAGGGCUCAGCUAGAUACCCCUUUAGCGUCUUAUGCAUUUACUACAUCAGUGGACUACUGAUCUGCCUUUGUUUUAAUUAUCGCAGGGUUAAUGAAUCAUUCUUCAAUAUUUGAUACAGUCAUUUAGAAUUGCCUAAAUUCUGAAAUACCUAAGAAUUCCAAGUGUGGCCUAAUGUACCUUCCUGAUGGCUGAGUUGAAGAUCUUCCCUGUAUCCUCCUGAUAUAUCUGGUUCAGUGAGGUGAGACUGAGUCCAAAACAAGACUUGCAGAAGUUAGAAUAGACUCACCUUUAUUUUUCCUUGCUCUUUCUUGCCAGCAUUCUUCCUAAGAAUUCAUUGGUUUCUCUGUGCAUCUUCUGUCUUUGUAAAGAGCAAGACACUUUAGGCAAACUUGUUAAUUAGGUGCCUUUUUAAUCUCUAGCCCUCAUCAGAUGCCACCUCAAUGAUAAUAUGUGAUAAUAUGUCCCGGUCUCCCUUUUCUUUUCUUUGGGGUAUUUACAAGUUACAGUCUUUACCACUUAAUCAUCUCCUUUAUUCAUACAUUUCUCUUUUUAAAUCUUAUAAAAUCGCCUAGAAAUAUUCUCCCUUCCCCACCCCACCCCCACUUCUUGCUGCUGUUUCAUUAAACUUUUCAUUUUUUCCAUAUUCUUUGAAAAUAGCUCCAAGUAUAGUUUUGCCUAGAGUUUUUUUUCCCCCAGUGCCUGGUUUUGUCCUGUUCCACUAUUACUAAUACACUUCAUUAUUUCUAGCCACUCUAAUAGUUCAGGGAACAUAGUAGGUCCUCCAAAAAUGUCUUCUCAGAGCAAAUUCAUAUUGACAGCGUGUCUCUUUCUUUCCAUGGAAAUCCUAUGGCUCAGUGGUCUCAGUCAGCAAGAGAAGCAUAAUAAGUUAAUGAGCUGUCCUUGUGAAACCAUUUCCCAAGGUAGGUGCCAGUGCUCUGUGUCUGGCAAGACUCUCAUGGGACGGGGCAGCCUGGUAGGGACCAUUGUCUAGAGCAAGACUUAUUACCUCCCCAGGGUCCGGGAAGCAGUGGAGGGAAGGUCCUCUUUGCAGAGGGUUGGGUGAAGUCCUGUGCAGCAGCCAGACUCAGCGGCAGUCGGUAAUAACAAUACAGGAAGAACUGCAAGUGGCAGGGGCCCUUACCUGAAAGCAGGGUGUUAGUAGAAGACAGCAAGUGUGCCAACAAAGGGAGGCAAUUUUAAGGAGUAUUUAGGGAAUUCUGUUAACCAGUAGCCAGUGCCACAGUCCCCAGGCUGUAGUGCAGGGCCAAGCUGCCUUCAUACAAAGCAAAGCAUCCCAUACUCAGAAGCUUGGCUCUAAGGAGACUGGAGGUCCGGGCAGGCAAGUAAGGCAAGAAUUCAUCCAUAGUACAAGUCACUGUGUCAACCAUGAGGUUCACUAGGCUCGUCCCAUAGCAAGAACAACUUUAUGGAAGGAGGGGGGUUCCCCCCCCAGCUUGUUGGGGCAGCUCCUCAGACCACUUUAUGAGGUCAGGACUAGUUCUCCAGACCAGAGAAUGACUAAGCUGGACAGAAACCCAUUCAGUGAUAUCAGCCAAAUGAUAAUGCAUGGUGUUAUAUAUGCCAGGCAUUGCUCUAGACCCAGAAUUGUAGAGCAGUGAGUGAGUGAAAUAGAGUCCUGUUCUCUUGGAGCUACCAUUUCAGAGUGGGAAAGAUAGUUAAAUCAGAGAGUAAAUAGAUACAUUAUACAAAACAAAUAAGUAACAUACUGGGUGGUGGUACAAGGUUAAAAAUAAAAUUGAGGAUGCCAGAAAUUUGUUAUUUUUGAUAGGUUUGUCCAAGAAGCCCUCUGAUGAGUUUACCUUUGAGAAAGACGUGUCCUGACUGUUAGAUGUGGAGUUUGGGUUUGUAGGCAAUGACAUGAAUACUCCCAGUGAGGGGAAUCUGAUCAAUAUCUGCACCCGUUGGAGGUGCCCUAUGUUCCUUCAUGUUUACUCACUACUUCUUUUUUUUUUUAAUAUAUGUUUUUUAAUGUUUAUUUGUUUUUGGGAGAGAGACAGAGCGUGAGUGGGGGAGGGGCAGAGAGAGAAGGAGACACAGAAUCCGAAGCAGGCUCCAGGCUCUGAGCUGCCAGCACAGAGUCCCUAUAUGGGGCUCGAACUCACAAACCAGGAAGGAGAUCGUGACGUGAGCCAAAGUUGGACACUUAACCGAAUGAGCCACCCAGGCGUCCCUCACUACUUCUUUACCUCAGUGUCCUAAGCCACCUCGCUUGGUUUAUUAUCAACUUAAAAAAAAAAAAAAGAGGUUUGGUCCACUUGAACUUUGCUGUAAUUCGGGUGGCAACUGUCUUCCACUUAGAGGUCCUUUGUGCAUAUCGAUGGAUAUUUUAUCUCCAUCCCCAGGACCCUCUCCUCGGGAUGCUCUGCUUCCAACUUUGAGGACUUACAAAACGGAGCACUUUGAACACACAUAUUAGUUAGCAUUCCCAAGGGGCAGCUGGCACAAAUCCAAGUUAAUUAUUUUUCUUCCAGCUUAUCUGUGAGUUCUUUCAUUAAUCGUUAUCUGUAAGCAUUCUGGACACAUCCCUUUUUCUCAAUUAGAACUCCACUGGAGUAUUUCUGAACAAACAUUUAGGUGUCUGCUUUAAUACUCAGAAGCCUUAGGAUCAUAAGUAGUGAACAGAAAUCCAUUUUGACCUUUAACCAUUGACCUAGAUUUCACGUGCUCGUUAAUCCCAAAUAGCACAUUCCUCUGAGAGAUAUGAGUGACCUAGAAUCUUCAGUGUGUCAUUGUUAUCCAAGAAUGUGGACAUUUGGUAGCAGAUAUGAGGAAGAAAUGCCCAAAUUUAGAUAUUUCUGAUAUUUUUCUGUUUUACAACCUGUGACUGUGAGUGGAUCUUCUUGUCUGUUAAACUGAACUACAAAGCCAAAUGAUUAAUCCAGAUGCAGACUCUGCUGGCCAGAUUCUGAAAGAGAGGUGUUUGGUAAUCAAAUGAGAAGAGUAAACAAGGGAAAAGUAAAAAAUACCCCCCCCCAAAAAAAAAACGAGAACCUUCACUGAAAGCAUAAAUUCUGUGAUUCUCUUUUUCUCUACCAAUAUAUCUUUAAAAGCUCUCCCUGUUGUAAGUUGCACCAAUUUAUUAAACAAUGCAAAACAUCUUAGGUAAGACAACAGGACGAAUUCGAGCCUCACCAUCAUCCUAGCUUCCUCCCCCUAAUGAACACAGCUUGUGAUUCCGGCCUUCAGCAGGCAGUCAUUGCCUGUUCCUUGAUCACCUACUGUGUGUCAGGUCCCGAGCCAGUCAACAGAAUGGGAAACCAUCCAGCAUUUAAUGUCAUUGGUUCCAUUACGCUGUCCUUGUCAAGUCUUCUGGUUGUAAUUACCCCUUUAAAGCAGAGGAAGACUUGAUCCUGAUUGACAGAUACAGUCCUUGCUAAGCUCAAAGAAGACCAGUGUAAAGCAUCUAUUCAUACUGACAUCACACCCUCUUCUCUGGGUUCACAAAGAAGAGUCUGUGCAGCCUUACCACUCAGAAUGUGGGCCAUGCACUUUCAGUGUUGACAUCAACUUGAAGGCCGUUAGAAAUGCAGGAACGUAGCUCUACCUCAGAUCAGUGGGGUCCGGAUUCGUGUUUUCACAGGAUGCCCAGAGGAUUCUCUGCACAUUAGAGUUUGAGGGGGCACUGGUCCAUAGCAGGGGGAGGCAUACUGCAGUUCACAGCCAAACUCUGUCUCAUGGGUAUUUGUAUAAGUAAAAUUUUUUAGGAACACAGCUUUGCUCAUUCAUUUCCUUAAGCAGUUGAGUAGUUGUGACAGAGACCUGGUCCCCAGUGGUCUAGGGUCGGCAUGCUUGGAGUGUGGUAUUGGACUAGUGUCAAUUUGUAUAGAAGCACCAGCCUAUGGGCUGUUUUAGGUCUAUAAUAAAUACAAAGACAGAAUCAGCAUCUAGAAACUUUUAUUCCAAAUUUCUGUGACAUACAAGUAGAAGAUCAAUUUUCUAGCAUUUCAUAUGAUUGUGUUUUACAAAAACAUCAGUGACUGUCAGGGCAUUUAAGAAAAAAUUGUCCUUCGCCACAGAUUAUGUGAGAAGCACUGCUCUGUGAGUUUAAAUGGGUACGUGUGUAAAAACCAGUACUGUAAGUGAAGGUGAUUGUACAGGGUACAUCUUGAUGCUAAAGUGAGCUUUAUUACGGGCUGCAGUAUUCACAUUGUCCUGUUGUUCUUUGCUCAUCAAGCUUUGUCUUGCUUUCGUUGGUGAUACUUCUCCUUAUGGUCCUGGUGAUGCCUUCGUUCGCUGUCUACAUCCCCACUUGGAUGCUCUCUUCCCCGCUCCUGCCCACAGAGAAUCCUUAUACCUGGCCCGGGCCCGUUGCUCUGCUGCAUCCCUGGCAGAGGGUUGCUUUCAAGGGUGGGCGCCUGGCAGAAGCCCCUCAGUCCAGCCAGAGGCUUCCCUGCUGCCGUUCUCAUGACACUCAUGCAAAAGCCCGUCUGCCUGUGGGAUCACAAACUAAAACAAGGUGGCCCAGGAGGCUCUAAGUAUCCCUUUCCACUUGGUGACAGCAUGAGUAAGAUCCAGGAGCAAAGCUGUGCCAUACAGGCUCCCCUAGUCAUAGGGCUUCAUUCCUAGGGCCUGGCUUCUCCAGUGGGUGGACCAGCAGGAGUGGCGUCACCUGGAACCUCUUUAGGAAUGCAAAUUCUUCAUCCACUUAAACCUGCUGAAUCAGAAAGUCUGGGGUGGGGCCCAGCAGUCUCUACCUUAGCCAGCCCCAUAGGUGAUUGUCAUGUUUGAGGAUGUCUGCUGGAGCUCUGUUAGCGUCCUCUGGCUUAUGAGAGCUGCUUCAGCUCCCAUCUCAGCCAGGAGCCCUUUCGUUCUCUGUUUACCUUUGAGGUUAGAAUGACUCCUGUGCUGUGUGCUGUAUGUGUUACUUGUACAAAACUGACAGUUGGCCCCAGCUCACCCUUGUUGUGCCAAAUAGUAGCCCGGGACUCCACUCGGUUAACACUGAUUUGAAUUUCUUUCUCCAUACACUUGACAUCCCCGUGUGUUUUAAGAUUUUUAUUCCCUUAUUUCUGUGUCAGAAUCUCUCCCUAAAACUCAGAGGGACUCUAUCAGUUCUAAAGUGACUUUUCUAUCCAAAUGAGAAUUAAGGAUAAUCUUCCAGUUAAUAGGUAACAUUCCUCAGCUGGGUUUGUAAAUGCAUUUUUCUGAAGAUCAGUUCCCUCAUGGAGAACUUUUAUUUCCCUUCCCUCUAAAAGUAGAGAACAAAAACAAGUUGUAUAAUUUUCAAGUGACUUUCUAUAAACUUUAUGAAAUUACUUCAUCUUGAGCUCAGUCACUGAAGUAGAUCUAAUUCAUUUCUGUCCCGAUUAAGUUACCAUCAGCUGCUUCUUUUCACAAGAGAUUUCCUUCCUAUUAUUGUUCUCUGUGCAUUUAAUCUCUCUGGGUACUUUUCUUCCCCUCUCUUGAUUUGUAAGUGUUUUGGUGCGAUUCAAUCUCCUGUCUAUUUUUGUUACAAAGUACAACCUUCAUUUGUUAUCUGAGUUCCUUUUGCUAUUUGGGGAAGAGGGAAGUGGUCAGAUCUUUCAGUAUUUGACAAAUGUCAUGAUAAUAGAGUGUUUCAAGGUGGAGAUGUUGAAUCAGCUUUUAUGUUUGGUCAAGAAAAUUGAUUCAUAAUGAUAUGUGACAUAAAGUCUUCACUGAAUUUUUCUCCGGUAUACAUGAGGAAUGAAAAAAAAAACCCACUUCUUGUAAAAAACAAAAUUUAAUGUUUCUUUAUCUUGAUGGCUCUUUGUACAAGCUCCCUUUACAGAUUACUCUGUGUGCCGACAAAUCAGCAUAUAUCUUUCUCCAACUAUUAGGUCAUCUUGAUAUAUCAACUACCAUUGGAAAAUUGAGAUUUGCAUGGUUUCCUUUCAUAUUUUCAGUAUCAGGCUGAGACCUUAUUGCUGUCUUUUCCAGUUUUGGGGUUGUAUCAUGUUCUUGAGUGUUCACGUCUUCCUUGGGGGGCAGGGUGUGGACCAGACAAGACAUAGGAUACAAGCUCACUUUCAUCCCUACUUGUAGGUCUGCACGUCUCUAACUUACUGCAGCUACUACACGUUGUAAUCACAUCUCACAUGUAGGUGAGGCUCUAAAAAGACCUUUCAGAAGGCAAAAAAAAUUUAUAAUCAAACUUAACUUUGGAAAUCCUUUUAAGUCCACUCAUAAAUUUUAGUAUGGGUGAGGAGACGCUGAUCCUUCUCCAUGACAUUCCUCACCACUGUGGUCUAUAAUUAAAAAACCGGUGGAAUGUUUUAUUAAAGUCUGUCUGGCCCCUGACACUAUAAACUCCCACAAGGAGGAUGGUCUCUGUUUUGUUCACUCCCUCCCGACUCCUCGCAAAGUGGCAGAAAUAUGGUGCACAAUGAGUAAGUAUUUUUCUUCAAUUAUAAAAAAAUUAACUAUCAAAGUUAAUGGAUAAAAUAAAUAAUAAUAAUGGCAGCUAACACUGACAUAGGUAUUAAGUAUGUGCCAGGAACUGGUUUAUGGGCUUUACAAAUAUGAACUCAUUUAUUCCUCACCACAAACCUAAGAUAGGUAAUAAAUCAUGGCCAUUUUACAGAUGAAGAAAGUGAGGCACUUUCCUCACUCGCCAAAGGAAAGUUGCCAAAGCACACACGUGAGUGGUAGAGCAAGGAUUCAAACCCAAGCAGCCUGCCUCUAGUCCUUCUUCAUACCAACUGGAUUAUACAGUGCCCUGUGAGCAAAGGAGCUCAUUCCCUCUCACCUCCCUCAGCAACUUGUGUUCUUUGAAUGGACCGGUGUUGGGGGCUCCCACUAGAUUUGGCUCUUUCUUGCUCACUUGCUUGUUCUGUCCCUGUGCCUGCAUAGUUGGAUUUAUAUAAAUUAAAUGUGUGUCUGAUGUGACUUUGAUGUAUGGGAUGAGGCUAAAUAACACUCCAGUGCAGGUAUAAAGACAGCAGUAAAAACCAGGGGCUUAGAAAUUGUUGCAGAGUAUUUUUGUCAUGCAUGUUAGAUCUUUUUUUUAAACAUGCAGCUUUCCAACCGAAAGGGUCAUUAUACAGUGGUUGAAAGAGAGACGUAAAGAAUGCCUGUUCAAAUUCUGAGGUUCUAAGAGAUUUUUCUAUAUCUUACUCCAAUGAAGAUAUCUUUCCAGGCAGUAUUUUAGGUUUAUAAUUGCAUGGACUUUCAAAAGAAAAACACAAACAAACAAAAAAACAGAGGUGCCUGGGUGACUCAGUCAGUUGAGCAUCCCAACUCUUGAUUUCAAUUCACUCCAUGAUCCCAAAGUUUUGGGAUUGAGCCUCAGGUCGGGCUCCUCACUAAGUGUGGCUGAGCCUGCUUGAGAUUCUCUCUCUCUCUCCCUUUGCUCCUCCCCAGAUCUCUCUCUCUCUCUCUCUCUCUCUCUCUCUCUCUCUCUCUCACACACACACUCUCUCUCUCUCUCUCUCUCUCUCUCUCUCUCUCCCCCCCCCCAACACACCCACACACACCCCCCCCCUUUCUCUCUAAAAUUAAAAAAAAAAAACAACAAACAGUUAUCAGGGAACACCUGGAGGAAAUGCAUGUGCAAAGUACAUCCUGGGUGGUGGGAGAACUUGAAAGCUUCGUGCUCAGCAAGUCACUUAAUGUAAAGGGACGACAAGGCCUGUCUUUUCAUUGAAGACACAUCAUAGGACAGGUUACAGGGAGCUGACAAGUUCCAGGACAUCCUCCUAAUUGUUUAGUUCCUACUGCUCCCUGGAGGCUUUGCUCUUGGACUCUUCUUUGGGGCUGUAUAUUCUCAACUGUGUAUCUGAGUUAAUCAGAGUUUAACGAACCACACGUCUUUUGUUACAUGGAAGGGAAACUCGAAGUUUCUCUCACCGUUGUUACCGUGAUGAGAAAGAA